UAUAAAGAAAACUACAAUAUGUUUAUUAAUAUUUACUUGCUACUGUAAAUAUUGCAAAAUAUCUUGCGCUCUUUUAAUUUUUUCCUCUUGAACAGUUUCUCCUGAAUUUUGCUCUUGCUCUACUAUCUUCAAGGCUGCAUCCAAAACCAACUGCCUGGAUUGCCCUUUUGCCCCGCUGAAAUAUUCCAACACAAUUUCCCAAAAUUUCUGAGGAAUUUUAUCGGAGUCAAAUAAAUUUUGUUGCAAAUAAAUUUGUCUGAGUUUUUCAAAUUUCCAUUGGGAGCGGCAAUAUUUCCAAUUUGAUAAGUAAUUUAGUGCUUUUUGUUGAAAGUCUAGUUGCACUUUAAUUUUUUUCUCCUGUAUUAACUGAGCAUGUUUUUCGCGCUUUUUCGACCUUAUUGAUUCCUUUUUUGGCUUUUGAACAGCUUUUGAAUCUAAUUUAAUAUCAUUGCCUUCUGUUUCCAUAUUUUCUGUUACUUGCUCUCUGUCUUGUAUUUUUUUGUUUGAAAUUUUAAUAUGCUUUGCUUUUUGAUCCACAUCCAAGUUAUCUAAUUUGUGCUUUGUUCUGUUUGUUUUAGAGAGUGAAGUGUUACCACUGCUGACAGGUAAUUGCAUAUUGAUAUUUUCUGUUUUGAAUUCACCAUAUUUGAAUUGCUGUUGUAGGAUUUUUUUCGCACUAUCUUUGGUUACCACUUCGUCGUCAAAAGCAAUUACUUUUGACUUCCUUGCUCUGGUUUUAAUUUUUGAUUUUUCUAUCAUCUUGUAUUAUGUUAUUCACUUCAUGUAAACAAGUUUUACUCAUUAGGUUAGAAGCAUAGAGAAAAGUAAUGAACUGUUAACAUCUGGGCCAGCAAUCAGGAUUAGUUGAUUUUUGACAAAAUGAUUGUAGCAGUUUCAGUUAGUAGAUGUAAUGACAUAUUUAACAAGUAAGAAACUACAAAAUUUCUGCCAAGUAUAAAAAUUACAAAUCGUUAGAAUUAACAAUCAUCCUAAUCACUCCCAAUUUUUUUCAAUUGACUAACAAAACUAAAAACGAAUCUUGCGAUUUCUACACGGAAUAUGUUCAACCAAUAUUCUGCGCCAUGUUUUAAUAUUUGAAAGAAAAUAAGAAGAGGCAUAAUAUCCUAGCCUUAAAAAAUUUGAUUGUUUAGAAAUCGGCUUCAAAACAUGAAAAUUACAAAAUUAUUUAAUUUACAUCGGAUUUGGAACAGACACGUCCCAAAUAAAAGAUUUCAAAUUGGGAUUGACUGCAAUUUUAAUCGCUUGAACAACAAACCAAUGUUUUAUAGAAAUUAUCAUGAAAAGCAGGAAAACAAUAGCUCGCGUUACCUGAAGUUUCCUUCUCUUAUGUUUUUUCUCCCUGCUUUAUCCAUUGCAGCAUGUGAGUCGGUUACAAAUUUUUCAGAGAAGACAUUUUUUAAAGCUGUUCAAAGAGGCAUUGAAAGCGAAGUAAUUAGUCAAAUUGAAAGAGGUGUCAAUGUAAAUUGUCGCCAUAAACUAGGUUGGACUGCUCUUAUGGUGGCCUCGGUUAGUGGAAACUACGAUAUGGUGAGAAUUCUUUUAGAAAAUGGGGCCGAACUGAAUACGGGGGAUAAUUAUUCCAGUGCAAGUAAAAUAGCCCAAGAGCAAGGAAUGCAUGCAAUUGAAGUUGUCAUGAUUAGGGAAGAUGAAUUUUCCAGCAUUCUUAACAACAGAGCAAAUUUUUUGGGCUUUACUGCAUUGCAUUAUGCAGUGCUAGUAAAUUCUUUAGAUAUUGUAAAAUUAUUGAUAGAGAAUGGUGCUAACCCAUGUAUAGAGAAUGAUUCUGGUCAUAUGCCAGUGAGUUAUGCUAAAGAAGGCCCAAUGAAGGAAUAUUUGGAAAAACAGACAACAAAGUAUGCAGAAUUUCUUAAAAACAAAGAAAUAGAAGAAAGAAGGAGAUUUCCAUUAGAAGAUAGGCUUAAACAGCAUAUAGUUGGACAAGAAGGAGCUAUCUCAAUUGUAGCGGCUACUGUUAGAAGAAAGGAAAAUGGCUGGGCAGAUGAAGAUCAUCCAAUUGUCUUUUUAUUCUUGGGCUCAUCUGGUAUUGGAAAGACAGAAUUAGCUAAACAGUUAGCUGCUUAUAUACACAAAAAUAAAAGGGACUCAUUUAUACGUUUGGACAUGUCUGAGUUUCAAGAAAAGCAUGAAGUUGCCAAGCUGAUUGGUGCACCGCCUGGAUAUAUAGGGCAUGAUGAAGGUGGCCAACUAACCAAAAAAUUAAAAAAAUGCAGUGAUGCUGUAGUUUUGUUUGAUGAGGUUGAAAAGGCUCAUCCUGAUGUGUUAACUGUAUUGCUCCAGCUGUUUGAUGAAGGACGAUUAACUGAUGGACAAGGAAAAACAAUUGAAUGCAAAAAUGCCAUUUUUAUUAUGACAUCCAACUUAGCUAGUGAGGAGAUCGCCCGUCACGCCUUGCGUUUAAGAGAAGAGGGUGAAAAGAUUAAAAACCAGAGGUUAAUGGCUAACAUUAAAGAUGAAAAAACGUUAACUGACAAUAUUGUGAUUUCAAGAAAAUUCAAAGAUGAGCAAGUAAAACCAAUUUUAAAGAAACACUUUAAGAGGGAUGAAUUUUUGGGCCGGAUUAAUGAAAUUGUGUAUUUUCUGCCAUUCUCUAGGCGUGAGUUGAUGGAACUUGUGGAUCGAGAGUUAAAAUCAUGGGCCAAAAAAGCAAAGGAUAGACACAAAAUUGAGAUUAAAUGGGACAGAAAUGUAGAAUCUGCAUUGGUAGACGGCUACGAUGUUUGCUACGGCGCUAGAUCCAUCAAAUAUGAAGUGGAGAGGCGGGUUGUUAAUCAGUUGGCGUCCGCCUACGAGAGGGGCUAUAUAGACAAAGGCUCAGUGGUCCAGAUUGUUGCAGGGUGGCCUGACAAUUGUGAUUCGCCGGAAAUUAAAUUAAGAGUGAAAAAAAGCGGGGUUAAAGAUUAUGUAGAAAUUCAAAGCAAUGUGAUACCAGUUAACCAUAAUACAUCAUCUUUUUGUUAAGAUUGUGUAUAAUUAUUUAAAUUUAGAUAGGUGUUGUUGACUUUCCACAGUAGUGGAAUAAAUUGGGCAAGCUGAUUUUAACUUUGAGUUUUAUUACAUGUAAUCAUUUGGUACAAACUGAAUUAUAAGGACAAA